UGGUUCCGCCCAGCGCCGGCUGCAGCCGCCUCCGGGCGCUGUUUGCUUCCAGUUCCCUCCCAGUGCUCCCAGUAAGAGCGGCACUGGCAGGGAAAGCGCUCCCAGUUCCAUCCCCCUGCUCUCAGGAUCGCUCCCGGUGCUCCCAGGAUCGCUCCCAGUGCCGCGCCUGGGGCAGUUGUUUCGGAACCCGCCCAGGGCAGAGCGCGGCUGCUUCUGGGUGUCGGCACUGCCCGGGCCGGGCUGGGACGGAGGAGGAGCGGGAGGAAGAGGAGGGAGACCGGAACAAGAGAAGGAAGAUGAGCAUCCCCAACACCACGGGACUCCCCCGCCCGCACGCUCCGGCCGCAGCUCCCCCGGCUCCGGCUGCAUCGCCCCCCCGGAACCCGCAGCAUGAAUCACACCUAUUUACCACAGCCCGGAGCAGGGAGAGCGCAGAGGGACGAUCCCGGAGCCGGGGGACAAACCGGCUGCCUGGAGGGGUGCGGGAGGCUGGGGAUGAGCGGGCUCUGGGCCCCCUGAGGCUGAAAGGGGCGCUGACUUCUCCAGCUGCACUUGGGCAGCGGGACCAUCAAACCCAACAUACUCAACCUUGUUUUCCCCCUGUUAUAAAUGAUCAACGAGAAAGCCAAAUUUAUAAAUGGGAAAGAUUUUAUUUUUGCGACCAGAAAUACGGUCCUCUAAAAGCCACAGUCAAAGAGAGCGUCAAGCCCGGGGUCGGCUCUGGGUGAACCUGGACCCGACCUCUAUCGCAUCGGAUCUCCCUCUGUUCACAAAUGCCGUCUCCGAUGGGGCUGUUUUUUACAGUUUUUUCUGCCCGAGUCAGAGGUGUCCCGAUUUCUUGUCACCCCGCAUAAGUAUGAAGUUUCUUUUUACUGUGCAGGGCUGGACAAUUCCUAUUUCUUGGGCGGUGGCGGGUGCUGAUCAUGUCAGGAGAACUCAUGUAUUCAGAUGUAUUUUUUUGACUGUUACGCUGGCAGUUUAUAUACAGACACGAACAGGAGGGGGCUACUGGAAACAGUGUCUUGAGCUUUUAUGUUUCCAGCAUCAAUCUCAUUACAUUGUUAUGACAAUGGAGAGGAAAGAUGCUACAGCUUGCUGGUCCAGCAGGCAGAAAGCCAAAGAAACUUAGUGUUACAAGAUACCCUAAAACAGUCUCAAUCUCAGUCUCAGCCAAUCACAUAGAGCAAAAGCAUAUUGACAGUAGUUCUAUCCAAUAAUCUGAAGCACACGUAAUUCUGGUUAAAACAAUAGCGGCCUUUCUCCAUCACAAUGGCUCGUUUAUAAGAGACAAUGCACAGAGCUCUAUUCAUAAUUAACCUUCUAAAAUAUACACUAAAUAAACUUGUUGCAACUUAGAAGGCCCAUCUACACAGCUCUUAUUGUUCUAUUUCCCAUGUCUUCCCUACAGCUUAGAAAACUUUUCUGCUGCCUUAGCACUGUUCACAAAUUUGCUGUCUGAGGCCUGUAUUUAACCACCUUCCUAAAACCUUCUGAUUUUUAUGGAUUCCCACAUUUGACAACUUUGAUUAUCUUUAUUGAUGAUACUUAUCAAGUAUUGAUGGUCCUGGGGUGUUCCCGGGUGGUUCCAGGGGAAGCUCAUCUCUGCACCAGCCACGUUCUUUUAUUUGAUAAAGACGCAUUCUUUUCCUGCUGCCACCAGGAGUUUCACAACUUCAGUGAGGUAAGCUGUCUCUAGGUUGUCCAUGGUCAGAGGCUCCUGUGAUGUUUAAUUUAUUUUACAAUUUUAUAAUUUAUUUUGUAAUUUACUUUAUACAUUUUCCCCCUACACAUGAAUUACUUUACAUUACAUAUUACACCUCCACACCAGGAUUUCCCAUUCCCAAACUUGGCCCAAUGCAGGAGGCCGUGAGGAAGAGGAAGAUGUCCCGGGAGCCCCAGGCAGACCAGGAGCUGAGGAUGGAGACCAGGGAGGGCAAAUCCCCACAGCAGUGCCUCGUGGAAGAGGCCAUUUUGAGCGGCUCCACAGUACAGGAAUCCAAUGGGGAGGAAAAGCCCCAGAGAUCCCUCCUGAGGAGGGGCUGCAAAUGCAGAUCACGGGGAUCCAAGGAGGAAAGACCCACCCUGGGCUGGGGAGGCGGCCGGAGCUCGGAGCUGGGGGUCCAUGAGCAGCUCCAGGAUGAGGAGAAUCCCCACAAGUGUUCAGAAUGUGGGAAGAGCUUCAAGUUCAGAUCCAAGCUGAUCCGCCACAUGAGAAUCCACGUUGGGGAAGGGCCCUACAUAUGUGGGGAGUGUGGGAAGAGCUUCAGGAUGAACUCUGAACUGACCAUCCACCAGAGAAACCACACCGGGGAACAGCCCUACGAGUGUGAUAAAUGCAGGAAGAGGUUUCAGACGAGUUCCUGUCUCGUCAGGCAUCAGCGGAGUCACAGAGAUGAGAGGCCCUUUUGCUGCCCCCAUUGUGCAAAGAGCUUCAAGGACAAGUUUGUCCUUGUCACCCACCUGCGCAUCCACAGUGGGGAGAGGCCCUACGAGUGUCCUGAGUGUGGAAAGAGCUUCGCCCAGCACUCCACCCUGACUGCCCACCUGAGGACCCACACAGGGGAACGGCCCUACGAGUGUGCAGAGUGUGGGAAGGGCUUCAGGACGAACUCUGAACUGACCAUCCACCAGAGAAGCCACACCGGGGAACAUCCCUAUGAGUGUGAGGAGUGUGGGCAGAGCUUCCACAAGAGCUGCCACCUGACCCGGCACAUGCGAAUCCACACAGGGCUGGAACGGCCAUACAAGUGUGGGGAGUGUAAGUGUGGGCAGUGUGGGAAGAGCUUGAGGUCGAGGUCUGAACUGAUUGUCCACCAGCGGAGCCACACCGGGGAGAGGCCCUUCGAGUGUGGGGAGUGCGGGAAGAGCUUCAUGUCAAAGUCCCACCUGGUUGGCCACCAGAGGAUCCACACUGGGGAGAGGCCCUUCGAGUGCGAUAAAUGCAAGAAGACGUUUCCAAUCAGCUCCAGUCUCAUUCUGCACCAGCAGCUUCACACAGAUGAGAGGCCUUUCCGCUGCCUUGACUGCGGGAAGGGCUUCACCCGCAACUGCAAUCUCGUCACCCACCGGCACGUCCACACUGGGGAGAGGCCCUACAAGUGUUCUGAGUGUGGGAAGAGCUUCUCAGGGAGGUCUGCCUUGACCAGACACCAACAGAGCCACCACUAAGGGCAGCCUUGUGAGCGCCCCGUGUGCGGGAAGAGCUUCGUGCCCGUGACACCCUUUGUCUUCUGAUUUUGGGUCCUUUCCUCCCACUUUGAUAUGUUUCCCUCUGUUUUGGAUCCUUUCCCCCUCUUUUGCGUCCCUUCUCCCUAUUUUGGAUCCUUUCUCUGUCCUUUGGGUCCUUUCGCUUUUUUGGGUCACUUCCCCCCUAUUUAGGGUCUGUUCCCCCCUAUUUUGGAUCCUUUCCCUAUUUCCAUCCUUCCUCCCAAUUAUGGGCAUCCUCCCCUUUGACUUUGGCAAAUUUUUGGGUGCAUCCCACCCUCCAACCCUCUCCCUACCACUUAACCCCUCACCCCCUUCCCCUCAGGUGUGUCCUCAGUUGUGUCCCCAGCCGCCGCUCCACACCACAUGGACUCAGUGCUCACCAUCCUGGAUGCCCUUGAGUCCCCAGUCCAGGACUGUGGAUCUCCUUUUCCAGGAGUUCCAGAGCUGGCCUGGCUUCCAGGGGACACCAGUGGCACUGGGGCUCGGGGUGGGUGGCCUGGUGGGGUUGCUGGGACGGGGUUUGGGGUCAUCUUGGCACUGACCGAGGGUCUUGUGCACUCUGCAGUAAGGAGUGGCUGGAGAGUAUGGGAUGGAUGGGAGCAGGAGAGGUUGGACCCUGGUCCAGAUGGACACGAGACCAUGGAUCCCACUCUGGAUGGACCCUGGUCCAGAUGGACACCAGAACCAUGGAUCCCAGCUGGACACUGGUCUGAACAGCCCCUGGCCCUGCAGCCCCCCAGCCUGGCCAUACCCUGGCCCACACUACUGUCCCACACCACUGUCCCACCAGCCCAUCCCAGUAGCCCCCAACCCAAAAUCUCCCAAAAUAAACCCAAUUCCAGAACAUCAGCUCUACAUGGCCCCUGCAGAGCAAGGGGGAAACUGAGGCACGGGCUGGGGGAUAACUUUGUGGUGAUCGGAGGGGAUUUGGGACCCACCCUGGAGACCCCAGAAUGAGCACCCACCCCUCAAAUUGUCACCACAGCAUCCAAGUCCCCCCAGGCGUCACAUCAGGGGGACUCGAGGAGCCACUAUGACCCUGCAGUCCCUUUGAGAGGUGACCCACAGUGUCCCCUCGGUGUCACCGGUGUGUCCCCAGUGGGAGCAGCGGCAUCACUUCCUGGGGCACAGGUAAAGGGGGAGGAGGAGGAGGUGAGGGUGGGGGAGUGCAGGGUCGCACAGCAUCCUCGGGGGGGUGGAAGUGGUGAGGGAGACGCCAAAAUGUGGUCAACCCCCCUCCUGUAGGAUGUGGGUCACCCCUCUCUCUUUGGGGCACUGGUGGCAAACUGGCGGAUGGUGGUGACAAAAAGAGCAAGUGCCACUUCUGGGAUGUACCAGAAAGGGAGUCCUGUGGUGCCACGAAUACCCUCCCCGCAGAGGGGAUGACAAAGGGAGAAUCAGAGGGGUCUCCAGGGUGUGGGGGAGGGAGGGGAAGUGUGACGGGCGCGCAAAAGAAACAACUCCGGUCCCACACGGGGUGGGAGUGAUAGUGGAGCCCUGGAAAAAGUUAAAGAUAGAAUCUAAAAUGUUAAGCUUUGUGUUUUUCCAGAUCAACUGCACCUGCAUAAGCAGUAUGAUAAAUGAUAUAAUUGUUAGAUGUGAUGAUUGUUUAGUAAUUAAAUAUAAUUUUUAUAUAACCAUAAGAAGAAUCAUGAGAAACUAUGUUGGAAAUUUAAAGGGGGGCUAUGCUUAGCUGAAAUCUAUGUAUACAAUAGAACGAUAUAAGUUUAAUAAUUAACAUGAAAGUUAUAUAACAAUAGAGUAUAAAAACAUGAUCAUCUCGGAUGUAUGGUCGGAAUCAGAUUUGGGUAAUACCCUGAUUCCCAGAGCUCUUUAAUAAAA